AUGUGCGACUUUGGUGGGCUGGAGAACCUGGUGGCCAACACAGCUUACCUGAAGGCCCAGUGCGGGGAUGACAGGGAGAUGAAGAGGCGUCGCCGCAGCCUGUCGCUGCCCAAGCCGGAGCAGUGCGCCGCCCUGCGAUCCACCAUCGAGAGGGACUUUGAGUCACUCUGCGAGAGGCAACCUAUAGGGAAAAAGCUCUUCCAGCAGUUCCUGGCCUCAAACCCUGAAUACGCCACGGCCGCCAAGCUCCUGGACGAGCUGAACGAGUGGGACCUGGAAGAAGCCGGGGCUAAGGACAAGGCUCGGCAGAAUAUUAUCAACAAGUUCUGCAAGGCCGAGUCCCAGAUCUCUCUGUCCUACCUCACCGGUGAGGCAGCUGACAGGUGCAAGGCUGUGACUGACAAGGACUUCGAGGAGGUGAUGAUGGGCAAGGUCAGGGAUGCCACGCGGGAAUUUCUGAAGGGGAAGGCCUUCCAGGAGUACCAGAGCAGCACAUUCUUUGACAAGUUCCUGCAGUGGAAGCAAUAUGAGCGGCAGCCCAUCACUGAAAAAUAUUUCUACGAGUUCCGGACUCUAGGCAAGGGAGGGUUCGGAGAAGUUUGUGCCGUGCAGGUGAAAAACACCGGCCAGAUGUAUGCCUGUAAGAAGCUAGACAAGAAACGACUGAAGAAGAAACAAGGGGAAGCUAUGGCUCUGCUGGAAAAGCAGAUCCUGGAAAAGGUGAACAGCCUCUUCAUCGUGAACCUGGCGUACACUUACGAGACUAAGACCCACCUGUGCCUCACCAUGACCUUGAUGAACGGUGGCGACCUCAAGUACCACAUCUAUAACAUAGGAGAGAGGGGCAUCGAGAUGAACCGUGUCGUCUACUACACGGCACAGAUCGCCACAGGCCUCCUGCACCUGCACGCCAUGGACAUCGUGUACCGUGACAUGAAGCCCGAGAACGUGCUGCUGGACAGCCAGGGCCAGUGUCGUCUCUCUGACCUGGGCCUCGCUGUUGAGCUCCCUGCUGGGAAGACUAUCACCCAGAAGGCCGGCACUACUGGUUACAUGGCUCCUGAGAUCCUGAAAGAGGAGCCAUACUGGCUCUCGGUGGACUGGUGGGCGCUGGGGUGCACCAUCUAUGAGAUGGUGGCUGGGCGUUUGCCCUUCAAGGGCUUCAAGGAGAAGAUUCAGAGGGAGGAGGUUGCACGCCGCACCCUGGAGGAAGAGUGCCAGUUUGACCACCCAGGAUUUGACGCUGACACCAAGGACAUCAUUAGCCUUUUCCUGAAGAAGAAGAUCCCUGAGCGGCUGGGCUGCAAGGGUGAUGACCCUCGAAAGCACGACUGGUUCAAGUCCAUCAACUUCCCUCGUCUGGAGGCAGGGCUCAUCGAAGCACCCUGGGUACCCAAGCCCAACGUGGUCUACGCCAAGGACACGGAUGACAUCCGUGACUUCUCCGAGGUUAAGGGCAUCGAGUUUGAUGCUGAAGAUGAAAAAUUCUUUAAAGAGUUCAGCACAGGUGCAGUGUCCAUCCCCUGGCAGCGAGAAAUGAUUGACAGUGGACUUUUUGAGGAGCUUAACAACCCGAGCCAGAAACAGUCCAUCACCAGUCUGGACCAUGAGAACAAAUCCAACACCUGUACACUGCUGUGA